AGCUGAGGAUCCUGGUGAUGACAGUGAAGAUGGUUACAACAGAAACAAGUACACUACUCUUAGUGGUAGCAAUCUUACUAAACCUAGUAGCAAGUAACGAGUACCACAAUUGGCGCUUGGGAAAGGAGCUUGGAAAGGACAGCUCUCCCAUGAGUUUCACCAAUCAUCUCUACAAUGCCACCAUUAAUGAGAACUCAGCCCCCAGGACUGCUGUGGAGAGUCCCAUCAAGAUGGGUAUCGUAGUAACCGAUCCUUUCUGGGACAUCAAGUUCAAACUCGUCUCUGGAGACGACGACAGCCUAUUCAAAGCGGAAGAGGUCAGAGUAGGGGAUUUCUGCAUUCUGCGAAUCAAAACGCGAAGCAGUAAUUCUGCAUCGGUAAACAGGGAAGUAAAGGACAGUUAUACUCUCACCAUUGAAGCCACUGAAAUCACUAACAACUUCCAGGCCAGGACCAAAGUAUCGAUUCAGGUGCUUGAUACCAACGACUUGAAACCGCUCUUCUACCCAGCCUCGUACAACGUAGUCAUCAGGGAAGACGCUCCGUUGAAGUCCAGUGUGGUCAGGGUCAGUGCGACGGACGCGGACAUUGGCUGCAACGCUGAGUUCUAUUACUCCUUCACGAGUAGAGCCCAUCCGUUCGCCGUUGAUCCUUUCACAGGCGCCAUCAGCCUCGUCAAGAGACUGAACCACAGCCGAGCGGACACGUACGAUCUCACUGUAUUAGCAGAGGACAGGAACAAGAAGAUAUCUGGGGUUCAGAAGUUUGGCAACGUAGCCAGGGUUACAGUGACCAUAGAAAAGGUCUCCUCAACCGCCCCCAUCGUCAAACCUCUCCCAGUUGUCCUAGCUCAGAAGGACGAAUACGAGAAGAUAACUAUUGAUGUCCAUGUAGAGUCGGGUGUAAAGCCAGUUGAGUCCGUUAGUAUUGUUGGUGGGGAUCCACAGAGGUAUUUUGAGAUUAUCCCAUCCAGCCUGCAAGGCGAUGGUUUCCAAGUGGUCUCCACCAAGAGGAUAAACUGGUCACAGAGCCCAUCUGGAUUUAACCUCUCCCUUCAAGUUAAAGACAAGAGCGUUCCACCAUUAGUUUCUCCAGUUUCAGAAAUCCAUAUCCCUCCCUAUAAACAAAGCCUGUUUAGCUUUCUGGAAGACACUUACAUUCUCACACUAAGUGAGUUUUCACCACCAAAAACACAUGUGAUCAGAGUUAGUAUGAGUCCAGCACAUUUGAAUGUUACAUACCACAUUAAAAGUAACUCUGAUAGCUCCAAAUUUAAGAUGUACCCCAAAACAGGCAUCAUUGUUACCUCAGAGUCCUUUGACUUCGAGAAAAAGUCUCGUUAUGAAUUCGACGUGAUAGCGAAUCACGGUGAAGCCGAGACUCAUAUAGUCGUUGAGAUAACUGACGAAAACGACAAUGCCCCCAAAUUCACCAAACCCUCAUACCAAGCCACACUACCAGAGAAUGUACCUAUCAGUAGCAGCAUUCUAACAGUCUCUGCAAUAGACGAGGACAGGGACCGAAAUGGCUUCGUGACCUAUGCCAUAGUCAACUCAGCUACUUCCCCAUUCACAAUAGACCCAAUCAGUGGAGUGAUCUCUACAUCUGAGGAUCUGGACUACGAGUUGAUGAAGAGGUGGUAUCAUCUCAGAGUGUGGGCUUCGGACAGCGGCAGUCCCUUCAGUCAUGUUUCUGAGUGCGCUGUGACGAUCACCAUGAGCAACGUCAACGAUAACACCCCUCUGUUUGAGCAGGUGGGAUGCAACGCCACCAUACCUGUAGAUUUAGCGGUAGGAGAGCCAAUCGCAGAGCUGUCUGCUGUUGACCUGGACGAACUACAACAGCUCAGAUAUGUGAUCGAGUCAGGGAAUGACCAACAACUGUUUGACAUCGACGCUGUAUCAGGAGUCAUUACACUGAUCAAACAGAUACCCACAGCUUCGAUUGAGACUGAAGUACCUUCGUUCAGACUCAGAAUCACAGCAACAGAUGGUAAACAUACCUCUGACCCCUCUGUUGUUACUGUUACUGUUGUCAAACAGGGCACUGAAGCCACCGUCAGUUGUCAGGAGACUGGGAUUUUGAAACGGCUCACAGACAAACUGAUAGAAUCCAUAAAGCCAGUGUUGACUUUCGAGGAUGACGAAUCCUUCUCAGACGUUCAUAUGAUCAACCGGCACUCUCCUAAGUUCCAAUCUGGCAUCCCGAGUACUAUUGACAUCAGAGAGGACAUCCCUUUGAAUUCAACUAUCCUUCACUUCAAGGCUACAGAUAACGACACCGGAUUCAACAGCAAGCUUGUGUACGCCAUCUCAAGUGGAAAUGAAGACGGGUGUUUCUCCAUUGGUAUUUGGUCUGGGGAGCUUCAGCUUGUGUGUCCUUUAGACCGAGAAACCAAAGAAUUCUACAUUUUGAACGUAACUGUCUAUGAUUUAGGAAGCCCCCAAACCUCAGCAUGGAAAUUUCUCACUGUGAAUCUAUUGGAUGUUAACGACAACCGACCAGUAUUCAACCAAUCCAGGUAUGUCGUGCACAUCCCAGAGAACACAGAAGUUGAUACGAGGAUAUUCAAAGUGCACGCAACAGAUUUAGACUCCGAGGGCAAUGGAAACAUCCUAUAUUCGAUGCUAACGCUAACCGAUCUGUUCGAGAUCAAUGAACUCACUGGAGAAGUGAAAGUGUCUGGUCGUUUAGACAGAGAGGCCUUUCCCAGACAUGACCUGAAGAUAGAGGCUGUAGAUCAGUCUAAAACAGACCCACAGCUCUUCUCUAUGACCGAGCUGGUAGUCCUGUUGGAGGACAUCAACGACAAUCCUCCCAAGUUCGUCCCCGAGAUCUACAACAUCAAAGUUCCUGAGGACUUUCCCUUGGGGACGGUGCUACUGUGGGUCGAGAGCUACGACUUAGACCUGGGCAGCGCUGGACAGAUCAGCUACAACCUGAAGAACAGUGAAAACGGGGCCUUUUUUCUGGACGCGUCGACGGGAUCUCUAACCCUUGAGAAGGAACUGGACUUCGAGAGGAGACAGUCUUACAACCUGACGGUUCGAGCGGUUGACCAUGGCCUUCCUCGGUCACUGUCCUCCUCCUGCUUCAUCGCGGUGGAGGUCCUGGAUGUGAAUGAGAACCUGAAUAAGCCAGUCUUCUCCAUGUUUGUUUAUGAGGCCUCAGUGUUGGAGGACGCUCCUGUGGGAACCUCAGUGUUGACGCUGACAGCAGCAGACAGGGAUCUGGGGAGAGACGGAGUCGUCAGGUACCACAUCCACGAUGGAUCUGGCCUGGGAGUUUUCACGAUCAAUGAGGAAACAGGUAAAUAUGUGCGUGUGUGUCUGUGUUUGUGUGUGUGUGUGUGUGUGUGUGUGUGUGUGUGUGUGUGUGUGUGUGUGUGUGUUAGUGUGUGAUAAUAGUAAAAACUCCCCCUAUUUGAUAGAAUUGUCUUUAGCAUGAAUGUAUUGCUGUUACAGCAGAUGAGAAGUGGGAUAACAGUUGAUAAAGCCUUUGGUAAAAAAAAAUGGUGUGUUAAAAUAACCUGAGGCUGCUUGGGACCUGUCUAUGUUCCUACAUACUGGAUACUUUACAGAGGAUAGCCUGUGACCUCACAAAGUAUCACAUCCCAGUAGCAUGCUUCACUCCUGUUGGACAAAUGGAUAGAGGAUAAUGAAUAGACAAUGCUCUGUCAUUGUAGUGCUGAACACCUGCACUGAUGCACCAGGCCUCCCUUUCAGAUUAUUACUCCUACUUACAAUUUUUUUUACAUUUGAUAGCGUAUCCUCCAGUUUAACCAAAGAACAACUUUUGGGGGAAACCUAGACGAUUUAACAAAGUUGUUCAUCACCUGUCAGCAAAAAAAAAAAAAUGCAAAUACAAGAUGGAUGACAUUAUAAAUGAUUUCUCCUUCUGUUUUUGCAGGAGUGAUCCGCACGGCUGAGGCGUUGGACCACGAGGCCGUCCCACACUACUGGCUGUCGGUCUGUGCCAAAGACCUGGGCACCAUCCCUCUGGUGACCUGGACAGACGUAUUUCUGGAAGUCCUGGACAUCAACGAUAACCCUCCCCAGCUGUCCCAGCCGGUCUACUUCGGCUCCGUCCUGGAAAACAUGCCCGAAGACAAGUCAGUGCUUCGGGUGACUGCUACUGAUGUGGACAGCUCCUCGGAGGGGAAACUCACCUUCCAGCUGUUGGAGUCACCGCCGACGUAUUUCACCAUCAACCCCAAGACA